GGCUUCAGUGACUGGGCCAGCUGUGGGGCUGUGGUCAUCACAAGUUUACUCACACUCACAACAAGCAAACUUUUGAGCAUUAAACGCACGUGAUUAUUAUUGUCUAAAGUGAAGAAAUAUCAUAAACAGGACAAUACAUAAGUUGUGGCUUCAGAUACGACAUGGGAAAAAACAGGAAGAGAAAAAAUGCGAAAACUGUCCAAAAGACUGUUGGCAAGGAACAGAAGUUUAAAGUGGCGAAUCACAAAUUCCAAAAUAUGCUUAAAGAGAAAACAAAACCAGCAAAAACUAAAACUGCCAAUAAAAAGAUUGAAAAAGUUCAGGAGUGGGUCAACGAAACCAAAAAAAGUGAACUCACCUCAAAGAAAAAUGAAGCUCCUACCAGUUUGCGUGAAAGAAUGAUGGAAAGGCUACACGGUGCUCAUUUUAGGUUUUUAAACGAACAACUCUACACGGCAGAAGGAUCAAAGUCCAUUAAAAUGUUUACCAAGAAUCCUGAGGCGUUCACGGCCUAUCACGAAGGAUUUCAACAGCAAGUUCAGCAAUGGGAAUUCAAUCCUUUGGACUUGAUCAUUGCCAACAUAAAAAAGAAAGGCAGCGACUUGGUCAUUGCAGACUUUGGGUGCGGGGACGCGCGCCUUUCUUUUAGUGUCCAGAACAAAGUCCAUUCAUUUGAUCUGGUUGCCAUGAACGAAAAUGUCACCGUUUGUGAUAUGACACACACACCUUUGCCUAAUUCCUCUGUAGACAUCGCUGUCUUUUGUCUCUCUCUGAUGGGAACAAACCUCUCCGAGUUCAUCUUGGAGGCCAAUCGAGUGCUCAAACCAGGGGGAACUUUGAAAAUUGCAGAGGUGGAGAGCAGAUUUGACGGAGAAAAGGGUCUGAACAGCUUCAUUUACGGAGUAACGAAACAUGGCUUCAAGCUGGCUUCCAAGAAUUUGACGAAAACCUACUUCUACUUCCUGGAUUUCAAGAAGACACUUUCCAUAGAUGCGAAGAAAAAACUUCCACAGUUAAAGCUCAAACCUUGUAUGUACAAGAGGAGAUGAAAAUAAAAUAUCUGGUUGAUCCUUUACA